AUGAAGCUCGCCAUUCUGAUAUUUUGCUCAGCUGCAGCUGCCCUGUCAUGUGAAGAAGCUCAGGCACAGAAAUACUUCAAAUUCGCCGGCCUUCCAGAUGUCAAGCAGCGCAAUUUUGUCUGUGCGCCUGAAGCAGAGAAACAAUUUGCUUUGAGCGCCAAAGCUAUUGUCGACGCAAUGGAAAAUAGCCCAAAUGUCCAACUUUAUUGCACAACAAAGGUGCAGGCUGCCUCUUCAUGCCAUUUGAACAAACACAUCCAACGCGCGUUAGUCCUUGUGAAGGAUACAGAUAAUAUUGAGCGAGAGGUCCACAUCUGGUACACAUCGUGGCUUCCGAUGAACUCAGACUAUUAUCAGGUCAACUUCUGCAGCAUUCACGUUGGCGAUGUGCAGGGAAAGAGCCACAAAUGCUCGGAUUGCGAAUUGAGAUCCCAGCGAGCCGAUAGCGCUUCUAAGGAUGGCAUUGCGAUGAGCCAUGAUUCGUUAGUACUGUUUAGCAAUACCUACUUUCAAGAGCCGGGCGAUCCAUGA